UCCCUCUUCUCACAUCCAUCUCUUCACCCUCAACACAUCCAAUUCCCACCAAAUCAACCACCAUGUCACGAGCCAUUCACCUCACCAGCACCCUCACCCGCACCUACCCCUGGCUCACCGCCCCCCUCAUCAUCAGCGCCCCCAUGCGAAUCAUGUCCGGCCCAGCCCUAGCGGUAGCCGUCUCCCGAGCAGGGGGCCUCGGCUUCCUGGGUCCGAACACCACGACCCAAAACAUAGCCACCGAUCUGGCUGAAGUCUCCUCCUUACUCCAAUCCCCCCAUCCACCACUCCCAGGAUCUCCUACAUCUCACCUCCCCAUCGGCGUCGGCUUCCAGCUCUGGAGCGACGACCUCAACACCGCCAUCACCACCAUUAAACAAUACCGACCCUGCGCAGUCUGGCUCUUCGCGCCCGCUAACGGCCAAUCCGAUCUCGAUACCUGGUCCGCACGCAUCCGGGCCGCCGUCCCCGGGACGCAGAUCUGGGUGCAGAUCGGGACGGUCAGCGAAGCGACCACCCUCCUCAGUGGAAGAGAAAAGCCCGAUGCGGUGGUCGUGCAGGGUGCCGAGGCGGGGGGUCAUGGUCGUGCCAAUGACGGGAUGGGAUUGAUGGUGUUGUUACCGGAGAUCGCGGACGUAUUGGCAGGCAGCGGAAUUAUGGUAUUUGGGGCCGGGGGAAUUGCGGAUGGGCGGGGGGCAGCGGCGGCGUUGUGUCUGGGUGCGGAGGGGGUGGUGAUGGGGACGAGGUUUUUGGCGGCGGAGGAGGCGCGGAUUAGUAAGGGGUAUCAGGGGGAGGUGGUGAGGGUGAGGGAUGGGGCGGUGAUGACGACCAGGACGUUGUUGUAUAAUCAUCUGCGGGGGACGUUUGGGUGGCCACAGGAGUAUAGUCCCCGGACGAUUGUCAAUCGGUCGUGGAGGGAGUUUCAGGCGGGAAGGGCGUUUGAGGAGUUGAAGCGGUUGCAUGAUGAGGCGUUGAAGGCGGGGGAUGAGGGGUGGGGGGCGGAGGGGCGGUUGGCGACGUAUGCGGGGGCGGCCGUGGGGUUGAUUCAUGAGGUGAAGGAUGCGGGGACGAUUGUGCGGGAGGUGCGGGAGCAGGUGUGGGAGCGGUUGGGGGGGGAGAAGGGGAGGUUGUAG